UUGCUGUACAUUGUGCUGACAGUAUUGAUGCUUUACCAUGUGUUGCGUAGAAUGCUCAAGAUGGGACGAGCGUAUUUCUCUCAUUUCUGGAAUUACAUUGAGCUGACAAUCGCUAUACUGUCCCUGUUGUAUAUGGAAUUCUACAUUUACCGAUUCGUCCUUGUUUCUGAAGCUGUGGAAUCUAUACGUAGCACCUUUUAUGAAGAAUUUGUCAGUCUGGCUUUCCUGACCUGGUGGGAUGAGCUGUUAAGAGCUUUGGUCGGGGCCAUAUUGUUUUGUGUAGUUGUGAAACUCCUGCGUGUGCUGCGUUACUACCAGAUGUUCUGGAGGCUGCACAUUGUUUUCAGAAGGUGUAAGCUGGAAUUAUUAAUGGCAGCGACACUCUAUGGAGGCUUCAUCAUGGGAUUUUCAUCUCUGAGCACUGCAUUAUUUGGACCAGUGAUGUACAGUUUGAGGUCCCUGUGGUCAAGUGUCUUUGCCAUCUCAGCCUUGUCUGUCCGUGCAUUUCACUGGCAUAGCAACAGAAGUGCUUUAUCAAAUCAGAGUCCCUGGAUGGAUAUUGUCUUGCUGUUUGCUUUCACCUUCUGCCACGGAUUCAUAUUGACAUAUAUUUUUGCUGCCUUGGCCAAUAAACUGAAGAGAACAAGAAAUUGUAAAGUCCUGUCAUUAACUUGCAACCAGCUGAUGGCUUUAUACUGGGAUAAAACUCUCAAGUGGGCAGGCUGGCGUCCAGAAGUCACAUAUGAACAGACUGACAGCACCCUGCCUCCUGAGUUUACUAUGGCUGAAAUUCUGUACCUUGUUGAAGAAAUGUUGUUCCGCAUGAAUGCACUUCUGGGAAUGUCUGGCUUACCUGACAAAAGACACAGCUUUACAGAUUCUGAUGCAACAGCAAAUGGAGGAGAUGAUGGUAUUUCAAGCGGGGGAUCUGAGGAUCCACCAGUCCCAGUGAACAGUGCUAUCGCUGUUGAAGGCACACGACUGGGGCAUUGUGUUCAGAAGAUUGAGGAUAAACUGUGCUCUAAUGAACCUUACCUGGCCCAGCUGCUCAAGCUGGACAGCAUUGGGACAAAUAUUUUAUCUGAAGAAAAGGAGCAGGAACUCAG